AUGCUUCGGCCUGCGUGGAUCUCGGCCUGCCUUCUCAACGCUCCCGACGAGUCAGAAGCCCAGCUGACCGCCCUCGACCUCGCCGCGCGGCCGCCGGCCAAGCUCGGCGUGAUCAAGUGCCUCCUCGCCUGUGGGGCGAUACCGACGGCCCGGGUCGUGCAGAGACUGCUCCGCACGUGCAGCGAGGAUGGCGGGGCGGUGGCGGUGAGCGGGAGCGGCCUGGCCGCGGUGCGGGAGUGCUUCCUCGGCGCAAUGAUCGCUUCGGAGUGGGCGGUGAACCCUUUGAUCCCGGGGUUGAACCUGUACACAGCGAUCAAUGCGGCCAGGAGACAGGUGGGGCGGCAUGUUAAGGCGUGCGGUGCGAUGAGGAACAACCUGCUUCAGAUGAAAAACGACAUCAACGCCCUGGUGCUCUCCGUCCUGAGACACCUUCCGGACACCGUGGAAGGCUUCGACCGCUUUUCCACCCCCGCGGCGGGAAACGCCGCCGGCACCGGCGCCGCGAAACCAAAGCUCGGGAAGAAGACCAACCCUACGCUGACCCCGGCAAAGCUGCCCGUUUCCAAGGUGUCCACCUUUGAGGAGGAUCACGACGGCGCCGUCGAAGAGGGCAACGCAACGGCGGCGACAAAGCUCAAUCUCACCUCGACAAUCGCGCGGGGUGUUACGGCCGCCAGCAGUGGUCGGUUGGAGGCCGCUGCCGCUGACCUCGAUGAUGUUCCUGCAUCGGAGGUGGGCACGAGCCUCGUGCAGGAAAUGUUGGAGCCGGAGCUGGCGGGGCUUCAGCCCAGAGAUUGCGCGGGUCCACUAGCGCAGGCAAGGAGAGCGUGUGGCGAAACUUCCAAGUCGUUCGCAAUGCAAUCCCGGCACGUGGAUUUCAUCUACACGCCGCUCGUGGUUGACUAUCUCCGGCUCAAGUUCAUCCUCGCCGGUGUCGCUGGCAAGACCGCCGCCUUCUUCGGCGUUCCGGCCAUGCGCCUGGCCUUGGAUGUCCUCGUGUACACUGGCGUCGUCUCUGUGUUCGUGCUGAAGGUGGUGGUGCUGAGGGAUGUCGGCAGGAUUACAGCCUGGGAUGUGCUGUGGUUGGUGUACCUGGUCGGGGCAAUAUGGAAGCAGGUGUGGAUGGUGGUGCACGAAGUGCAGGAGGCUGGGUCUCUCCGCGUUCACCUCUUCAACCCGUGGAACGUCGUUGAGGCUACCAAAUUGGCUUCCCUUUCGACCGCCUUCUUCUUCCGCAUGCACGCCUGGGUCUGCGACGGCCACGGCGAGUACUUCUGCGGCCAGCUGUCUACCGGCUCAGGGUCGGUGAACGAGCUGAACGAAGUGUAUCUGGCGCAAUACUUUCAGGCCGCGUCAGCCCCUUUCGUACUCGGGAAGGUCCUAUUCCUCACGCAGGCAAGAGUUCAUUCUUCCCUGGGACCGUUGAUGCACUCGGCCUUCAACGUGAUCGGAGACUUGACAAGGUUCGGGGCGCUGAUGCUGGUCAUCACUCUAGGGUUCGCGCUAGCGUUCUACGCCAUGUUCGGUUCCAUGUCAGCCUCUCUACCGGACGGCGGCGACAUCGCCGAGUACGACACCUACUACUCUUCGAUACUGACGCUGUUCUCCAGCAUGUUUGGAAAUUUCAGCUUCGAGGUGUUCAAGGGUGCUCCGAUGGCUGAAGCGGGUGAAGUAUUGAUGGUGUUCUUCCUGUGCGUGAUGAACAUCACGCUCCUUAACUUGCUGAUUGCCAUCCUGGCCACGGCGCACGCAAGGUUGGAAGGGAACGCAGACAAGGAGGCCGUGCUUUCCGAAGCCGUCAUCAUCACGCAGUACAGGCGAGCGAUGCGCCUCGAUUCUCUGCCUUCGCCGCUCAACGUUCCCCAGGAACUGAUCUCGUGCGUUCUCUGGAGACACAAGGAGAGGGCGAAAGAAGUCUUCGCCCGAGCGGUGUUCUGGCUCGUGUCCGGGCCGAUAGCGAUAGCCGCUACGGGAGUCCUCUGGGCCGUGUCGUUGCCGCUGACGCUGGCCUGGGCCGGUCGCAUGCUUCGAUCGAACGGUUCCCCGAUGCUAGUCCCGGCCCUGCUCGGGGUUUCCUUCAACGUGGGGGUGGCGCCCGUCGCCACGACCUGGCUCUGGCUGCGAGGCGUGGCGGGAAUCUGGCAGCAAGGACAUGGGACCAUGGAGAUGAGUGAUCGCAACGAGAUUGAGGCGUCGAGGGCGCACCGAAGAGGGAGCUACGUCGGUCCUCCGGCCUCGCCGCUUGCCGGGGUAGCCUCGGCGGCCCUCGCCGCCAAAGCAGCGAGCGCUACCGGGGGCAACGAAGGGCGCCAGCGCAAACCAUUCUCGCUUGGUACACCAGCCUUCAAGCUGUGGCAGCGAGCCGCUGACAUUGGCGGUGGGGGCGCCGGCGCAGUCCAGCACCUGGGGUUUAAUGUGGUCGCAGCGAUCCGCGCGCUGCAUGGUAUGAGCAUGCAGCAGCUCAAGGAACAAGUGGAUGACCAGAGGAGGAGGGCCGAAGAGGCAAACAUCAUUAGGGUUGCUAAAUGACCUUCCACUUGGGAAAUAACGAGUGGGCAAUGCAGAAAUCAGAAUUGAAGCCAAUCAUCCCGAACGGAAGAAGGGCUUAUCGCUCAGCCUUAGAUACGAAAUAGUAUUGUGAGUGCGGGGAUUGUUUUGGUUUGGAAUCUAAUGUUCGACCGGGUGCAUUUCAACCCUGUUUGAUUCUGUGAGGAUAACUCGUGUGUGCAAUGCAUUAUGCGAAGUCGCAUGCCAAUGUCGUUCCGAAUACGGUAGCCGCCUGAUGCACCCGACGUCCUUAAACUUGACCACAAAGAACCAACAAUGUUGCCGUGCUGACGUAAAGAGGAGCCAAAGCAAGUGCCACAGGUCGCGGUUCAGAACGUUUCAACCCGGCCCGUCACUUGUCUCCUGAUCCCCUCUACCGGACAAUGUUCCUUCUCGACAAUACAAGCCCGAUGAUCUCCUGCCUCUCCUCGGUCGUGGUGAAGGGGCCAAGGAAUCAAUGAAGGUUCACAUAGAAGUAGGGAAAAGUGUGCUCCGUCACAGCCAGGGUGCGUCCAGAUCAGCGGUCUCCAGACGAAGGGAAGGAACAACUUGGGCUCCUUCCGACCGCCAUGUGUUGCGGCAAAUGUGUCAUAUCCACAGCAACAUCAAUCGGACAGAGAUUUCGUUGAAGCCCUUACGAGACUGAAAAAGGGACACGAUCGAUUGGAGGACAUGAUCCGGAAAGCGGACGACCACAGGGUAAGGGUAGAAGCGAAGCUAGGCCAAAUUCUAGAGGCCCUCAGCAAUAGCACCGGUGUCGGCAACACGGAGAGCAAAGGUCGCGGCAGUGUUUCCGACGCCACUGUACC